UGCAGACAUCCCCCGCCCGCUGCUGCUGCUGUAUAACACGGGGGAGAUAGAGCCGCCCCCUGCCUCCAACCACACCCGCCAUCGCUAUCUAUCUCCUUCUUGGCACACCCGCUUCUUUGGCCGCACCUCCUGCAUCCCAUCUAUCUCACCCGCCCAGCAGUUCUAUCCUUACCAUAACCAUUCAUGUUCAGCAGCGCUGGCCGGAGCUAGGGGAGCCCCCUGUCUUCCCUCCCCAACACCCACCUUCCCAGGGCACAUCGCAGGGGUCACCACCGUCUCGCAGUCUCUGACAGGCAGUCUGCCGUGAAUCUGCCUCCAUCUGUAUGUUAUCCAGGGAUCUCCCGCUACUCGGUCCUUGUCUCUGUGACAUCUGUGGAACCAUGCCGCAAAUGUGAGGUGCUCCCUGUGAUCGUUCACUCAUUAAUAUCAGACAUCCUCCUAUAUGAUCCCUGCAACUACCCUGCUUCAUAUCAGGCUGUGCAUAUCUGUGAUCUGUACAACUGCCCUCUAAUAACAAGAGCAUCUGAGACCGUGAUCUGUGGAGCUGUACGCCUCCUCAUCAGGAACCCCCUGGAAUUUUUGGAUCUACUCUCCUUCAUACCAAGAGUACCCUGUGAUCUGUGGAACUGCCCUCCAUCAUACCAUAAGUACACUGUGAUCCGUGGAACUGCCCUCCAUCAUACUAGGAGUACCCUGUGAUCUGUGGAACUGCCCUCCAUCAUACUAGGAGUACCCUGUGACCUGUGGAACUGCCCUCCAUCAUACCAUAAGUACCCUGUGACCUGUGGAACUGCCCUCCUUCAUACCAUGAGUACCCUGUGAUCUGUAGAACUGCCUUCCAUCAUACCAUAAGUACCCUGUGAUCUGUGGAACUGCCCUCCAUCAUACCAGGAGUACCCUGUGAUCUGUGGAACUGCUCUUCAUCAUACCAGGAGUACCCUGUGAUCUGUGGAACUGCUCUUCAUCAUACCAGGAGUACCCUGUGACCUGUGGAACUGCCCUCCUUCAUACCAGGAGUACCCUGUGAUUGUGGAACUGCCCUCCAUCAUACCAGGAGUACCCUGUGAUUGUGGAACUGCCCUCCAUACCAGGAGUACCCUGUGAUCUAUGGAACUGCCCUCCAUCAUACCAGGAGUACCCUGUGAUCUGUGGAACUGCCCUCCAUCAUAUCAGGAGUACCCUGUGAUCUGCGGAACUGCCCUCCAUCAUACCAGGAGUACCCUGUGAUCUGCGGAACUGCCCUCCAUCAUACCAGGAGUACCCUGUGAUCUGUGGAACUGCCCUCCAUCAUACCAGGAGUACCCUGUAAUCUGUGGAAUUACCCUCCUUCAUAUCAGGAUCCUCCUGUAAAUUGUGGCAUCACCUUCCUUUCCUUUCGGGAACCUCUGCUGGAUCCCCCUGUGAUCUGUGGAGCCAGCCUACUUCAUAUAAGGAACCCCCGUGAUCUCCCCCGAUAUGUGGCUGUGACUUGCUAGGCUUUCCAGGAACUGCACGUUUCUCCUUUACAUACCGCAUAUAUAAAUCCUCUUCCCUGCCAUGAGGAAGCACCUCCUGAUACCAAACCGUUCCCUGCUGGCCGUCCUCUUUCUCUUCUCAUUGUCUUCUUCCUUCCUUUAUUUCAUCUACGCUGCUCCAGGCAUAGUAAACACUUACCUCUUUAAGAUGCAAGCUCAUGGUAUCCUCAUCCGGAAGAAUAUGCGGUCAAUAGGAGCACAAGUAUAUGAACAAGUGGUGCGUGGAGCAUAUGCACGGAGAAAUAGCAGUAUUAAUGACACAGAAUAUCCUGUUUAUUUUAACCAUAAUGAGUCUUAUCUUCAAACAACCACUUUCCUUCCUGAAGACUUCACCUAUCUUCCCCACCUCCAGUGCCCAGAACGUCUACCCUCUAUGAAAGGCCCUAUAGAUGUGAACACGAGUGAAGUGCGAAUGAGUGAUGUCCACCAGCUGUUUGCUAAAGACGCCAUCAGAAUGGGAGGUCACUGGAAGCCAACUGAUUGCAUUCCACGGUGGAAGGUGGCUAUUCUCAUCCCAUUCCGGAAUCGACACGAGCAUCUCCCUCUUUUGUUCAAGCACCUCAUCCCAAUGCUCCAGAGACAGCGCCUGCAGUUUGCGUUCUACGUUAUUGAACAGGCAGGGAGUCAGCCAUUUAAUCGAGCAAUGCUCUUUAAUGUCGGCUUUAUGGAAGCAAUGAAGGACCUGGAUUGGGACUGUUUGAUAUUUCACGACAUUGAUCACAUUCCCGAGAAUGACCGUAACUAUUAUGGCUGUCAGAAUAUGCCACGGCAUUUUGCUGUCAAGCUGGACAAAUACAUGUACCUGCUGCCAUACAAAGAGUUUUUUGGAGGAGUCAGUGGCCUAACAGUGGAACAGUUUCAUAAAAUUAAUGGAUUCCCCAAUGCAUUCUGGGGUUGGGGUGGCGAAGAUGAUGAUCUCUGGAAUAGGGUGCAGUACGCAGGGUACAAUGUAACGCGGCCAGAAGGAGAUAUUGGAAAAUAUAAGUCUAUUCCACACCAUCAUCGAGGGGAAGCCCAGUUUCUUGGCCGCUAUGUGUUGCUCAGAAGAUCAAAAGAGCGUCAAAACAUAGAUGGGCUAAAUAACCUGAACUACUCACCGAAUAUCACAUAUGAUGCAUUGUAUAAAAACAUCACUGUAGAUCUGACUCCCGAGCUGGCUCUGGUGAGUGAUUAUUAAGUGCAGUAGAGAUCUUGCUGCCCUUGUAUCUAUCAAGCCAAGAGAGCAAAUCCACAGGAUAUUCACAUCAAUCCAGAACAGUAGAAAAAAGGUCUUUGGAUCUGUUACUAUGUUGAGGCCUGGCACGGUGAAGAUUUUAGUACAUUCCUUGCUGCUUUCACUCCACCGCCAUUGACACAACAUUUAAUGACGAUCUGCGAGACCCACAAGGCAGCUGUCUCUUAUCGAGAUCAAAGACUUUUCUUGAACUUUUAUUUUCUGCUUGAAGUAUAAAGAUAUAUAUAUAUAUAUAUAUCAAGACAAAAGGGGGGGUAACCCUUAGCGCUGUGUGUAUAUAGAACGAGCUGCACACCAGAGGGAUAUAAUAUGCACAGAUAUUUAUCACUUCUUAAAGAAGUGCUGGUGUAAAUAAUCUUCAUUUCCUGUUUACUUUCCCAGUUAUGAAAUACUGGGUCCAGAUUUGUAUGUUACUCAUGUACUCAGAUGCCCGGGGACAGAAGACAGUAUUGUGUGCAAUUAUUUCCAACUUCUAAUGUGCGUCCCUUUAAAUGUAUUCUCUCUCUCUACAAAAUCAUCUAGCAGGGACUGAAAGAAUACAAUCUUAAUCCCACACAUGGAGCCGGAUGUAAUGCAGGGCAAGACGGCCGCAGCUUCGAGAUUCUGACCAAACUUGUACGUUUUUUUAAAGCGGCAAUCCUUUACAAGGCAAAACCAACCAUGGAGCAGUAAUAGAUGUGUCCUCAUGCAUAUUGCCUCAAUACGCCAAGCAGCAGGAGAUGCCUGGCGUGAGUGAGUUUACAGGUCCUGUACAACGUCGGGCGUCUUUUUUUGCCAGAAAUGCAUGUUAUUCGCAUUGCGAAAUGCUACGUUAUAGUGUUUUCUAGGGAAAAACUGUAGCCAAGCAUUUCGUAUGCAGAUACAGCUAGACUCGCACACAGAAUAUAGGCAUGCCACAUAUCAUUUUAAUCCGCAAAAGCGGCUUGUGCUUCCCAUUCGCAUAAUUUAGCAAAUUUUUGGAAAAAGCUGCAGGAAAAGACACUCGACGCCACCAAGUCACUCCACUGCAUGACGUGACUAGAGGGGUUGUUUAACGUGCAGGGAGGUUAGAUGUAAGUGGACACAUCUGUAUCUGUCCUGACAAUAUACAAUUGUUAUUGGAAAAUAUUAACGCUAAAGAUACAUGGGAUCCAAUAAUUGUUUAUUAAAAGUGGGUAAAGAAGCCUUUUUUACAUUCUGUAUGUGUAAAAUGCAUUUGUACUAUGCUACAGUUAUGUCAGAAGAGAAGAGGCCCUGGUUGACCAUUCCUGCAGUUAGUUCCCUGUGUUGCCUUUUCAGGGAAAGAAAAUGAAGCCAAUUUAGUUUUUUGGUUAACAAUAUAAUAUUUAUAAGUCCUGUACUGUGACAUGGGGGUAAAUGUACUAAGAUGGGAGUUCUAUUUAAUAUGGGAUGUUGCCCAUAGCAACCAAUCAGAUUCUAUUUCUCAUUUAU